AUGGCCGUCUCACUGCGGGACCGCCAGAUAGCCUCAAUUAAACGCCUGCUCAACCUCAACCCCCCGGCCGACGGCGAUGCCGCCCAGGACGAGUCCAACGAGCCCACGAAUCCCGACAUCGCAUGGCGUGUUCUGGUCUACGACGAUGCUGCCAAAGCCGUCGUCAGCUCUGUCCUGCGCGUCAAUGACCUGAGGGCGGCGGGAGUCACUGUGCACUUGAAUCUCAAGUCGCGCCGGAGCCCCAUCCCAGCGCCUGGAAUCUAUCUCAUGGCACCCACAGCUGAGAACCUAGCCCUCGUCACCAAGGAUCUGAACGACGCCCUGUACACCCCCGCAUAUAUCAACUUUCUUUCCAGUGUGCCCCGCCAACUGCUAGAAUCAUGGGGCGCCGAAUUAGCGACCAUGCCGGAAGCUGCUGGCAAUCUGGCGCAGAUUUACGAUCAGUAUCUCAACUUUGUUACAUUGGGACACGAUCAAUUCAGUCUCAACAUUGAUCAGUCUUACUAUCGUCUGAACUCGUCUAAAACCGAAGAUGCAGAACUCGACGAGCACAUGGAUCGCAUCGUUUCGGGGCUCUUCUCCGUCGUCGCUACCAUGGCCGUCGUCCCAAUCAUAAGAGCUCCUAGUGGCGGUGCUGCCGAACUCAUUGCUGCCAAACUCGACCGAAAGCUACGCGAUCAUGUACUCAAUAACAAAGAAAGCCUCUUUGCAUCAUCUUCAACAGCCUCCCGUCCAUUACUCGUCAUCGUAGACAGGAACGCCGAUCUCAAUCCAAUGUUCAGUCACAGUUGGAUAUAUCAGAGUCUCGUGUACGACGUCUGCAAUUUCCACCUGAACAAGAUCGAAGUGACUGUUCCAAAGGACAAGAAUAAGCCAGAGAGCGGUACCAAAAAGCAGUCGUACGACUUGGCAGCAACCGAUUACUUCUGGAACCGCAACGCUUCGCAACCUUUCCCAAAUGUCGCAGAAGAAGUGACAAACGAAUGGACAAAGUACUCGGAAGAUGCGGACGCGCUUACCAAAAAGACGGGAUCAUCGUCACUGGACGACCUCUCAGGAGAAAGUAAUCAUUUCGCAGCACAUCUCAAAGGCGCGAUUUCUCAACUGCCAGAACUGCGAGAAAGGAAGGCUACUAUUGAAGCUCACAUGUCUAUCCUCGAAGCUGUGAUGGAGGGCAUCAAGGAACGCAAACUCGAUGAGUUCUUCCAGCUGGAAGAAGAGAUUGAAAAGCAGACCAAAUCGUCCGUUAUGGAGGUACUUAAAGACCCAGCCAAGGGAAAUGAUCCCAUGGACAAGUUCAGGUUCUUCCUACAGUGGUACUUGAAGACGGAACAAGAGGUGUCGCGCACCGAGCUAGAAGGCUUUGAGAACGCUCUCAAAGCCGCCGGCGUAGACACAGCAGCCCUUGCAUACAUCAAAACAGUGCGCCAAAUUACACAAAUGAGCAUGCUCUCAACUGCCGCUCCUACACAGCCCGCUCAAGCAUCUUCACAGCUAUUCGGCGGCUUCACCAGUCUUUCAUCAAGGGUAACGGACCGGUUCAAGGAAGCCGGUUUGGGCGCCAACUUUGAAGGCGUGCUUUCGGGCAUCAAAUCAUACCUGCCUGCCAACCAAGACCUUACAAUCACCAAAAUUACAGAAUCACUAAUGGAUCCUCAAAAUGCUACAACCAGCGCGCUCAACAAGACAGAGAACUACCUCUACUUUGAUCCCCGAUCUGCCAAUGCACGAGGUACCCUACCUCCUGCAAGCCAGUCGCGGAACCAGCAGAGUACUGUCGGACGCGGAAUUGAUGCGACAUUUGGACAAAGGCGACAAGGCUUCUCAGAAGCCAUUGUCUUUCCUGUCGGUGGUGGCAGCAUGGACGAGGAGACUAACAUCCAGGCGUGGGCCAAGCGCACAAGCGCCGCAGCUGGCACUGGUCCUAAACGAAGAGUUGUCUACGGUAGCACGAAGUUGUAUUCCCCUCGUGAGUUCAUCGAGGAGGAACUAAUCCCCCUGGGCAAGGAGAGUACGUAA